AUGUACCGCCCGCUCAUCUCUAUCCACACUUUCGGACCUGGUCUCGAAGGAGAACACUCAGAACCAGAAAGAAGGAGAGUAUCGAUAUCGAAGCCAAAGAUGGAUAAGAUGAAGAUGGCAUUCACAGUCUCGCCAAUGAUAAACGCAAUCCAAGCGCACCUCGACGAACAGCCUUCCUACCGCUGCACAAUCUGUAAGGAAGUCAUAGGACAACCGCGACUUGAUGGGCUGGUCGAGACAGCAGUUAUGCUUCCCUGCGGUCACAUAUUCGGCUCCCUGUGUAUCUCUCGAUGGCUAGAGGAUGCUUCCACACAUCAAGAUUGUCCGAAUUGCAGGCGAAGGAUGAUUUAUAGCGAAUGUGGGCACCAUGUCCGUCCGCUCGACAUUGAGCUAAAGCCGAGGCCGGUGAGGGACGCGGAUAUGCCGGGGAAGUGCGGGAUAUGUAGGGCUGGUGGUGGGGCAGUGGAGGAGAGAUUGAAGAUUCUGCGGAUGAGGCAGGAGGCGGAGGAAAAAGCGCUCGUGGGCAUGAGGAUCCAAUUGCCUGGGUUCUUUGGGGCGUUCUGUAGGGGGAGUAUUUUAAGUGUUGAGAGGAGGAUUGAGGAGAGUAAGGAGGGAUGGAGGAGGGAGUUGGAGGGGUUGUAUGAAGAGCUGCGGCGGGAGCAUAGGGUGGAGUGGUAG